CCCAAUGAGCUGACUGCGCACCACCCACUAUCGGUGUGUGUGUGUGUGUAUUUUUUUCCCUUCUCCUUUCCCUUCUUUUUUUAAACCAGAGCUGGAUGUGUAGAUCGUCACAUGUUGUUUCCCCUCCUAAGCCCGGACACUAGGAGACAUGUGUUAUUUAUUGCUCAGCUGUGGGAGAAGACGAACGAACGCACAACCGGCUCUGGAAAUAGAGGAUUAAAAUAAAGCGAGUCGUUUCUUUUGCAACUCGAGGAAAAAAAAGCAUUGUGUCUGAUCGCAGAGGACGCGAGAAUGGCGAGUCCGCCAAACACGGGAGAUCAGUCGUUAUUACCCAGCAAUGCGAACGUGAACAGCAACAUCAAGAAAUGCGGAUAUCUUAAGAAGCAGAAACACGGGCACAAGCGCUUUUUUGUUUUGAAAGAGCCGAGCGAAGGUUUCCCUGCGCGGCUGGAGUACUACGAGAGCGAGAAGAAAUGGAAAAACAAAUCGGCCGCGAAGAGAGUUAUUCCUCUAGACUGCUGCCUCAAUAUCAACAAGCGAGCGGACGCAAAAUACAAAUAUCUUAUUGCUCUUUAUACCAAGGAUGAAUAUUUCGCCGUGGCGGCGGAAAACGAGCAGGAGCAGGAGAGCUGGUACCGAGUACUAACGGAUUUAAUAGCAGAGGGGAAAGUGUAUGACGGCUCGGCGUCCAACUCAGCGUCCUCGCUGGUUGGCUUCGACGAGGCGAGCUACGGUGUAAUAACGCCGGUCACCGCUGUCUACAAGGAGGUAUGGCAAGUUAAUCUGAAAUCCAAAGGCCUGGGGCAGAGCAGAAAUUUGACCGGGGUGUACAGGCUGUGUCUCUCCAGCCGGACUAUCAGCUUUGUCAAGCUGAACUCAGAGAUUGCCUCCGUCAUCUUACAGCUGAUGAAUAUCCGGAGGUGCGGCCACUCUGACAGCUUUUUCUUCAUUGAAGUGGGGAGAUCCGCAGCCACUGGACCCGGGGAGUUAUGGAUGCAAGCUGAUGACUCCGUGGUGGCACAAAACAUCCACGAAACAAUCUUGGAGGCGAUGAAAGCCAUGAAGGAGCUGUCGGAGUUCCGUCCGCGCAGCAAAAGCCAGUCAUCUGGUACAAACCCAAUCUCUGUGCCCACUCGGAGGCACUUGAACAAUCUCCCCCCAAGUCAGACCGGGCUUCCCCGGCGAUCACGCACAGACAGCAUGGCUGCUACCUCUCCUGUGAGCAAAUUUUCCUCCUGUCGAAUACGCACGGCCAGCGAGGGCGAUGGCACCAUGACACGCCCCAUGUCAGUGACUGGGAGCCCACUUAGCCCGGGGGUGCACAGAACCCUCCUAAGCAGAUCUCACACCAUUACAACUCGCCCUUGUCGGACAUUUGAAUCUUCUUCCCUCCAGCACAGUAAGUCCAUGUCCAUGCCACUGUCUCAUUCCCCGCCCAUAGCCACCCCUAGCCUAGUGAGUCUGUCCUCCUGCCCGGACAGCAGUGCUCCUCGCCCCUCAAGCUGCAGUGCCUCCUUCUCAGGCUCCCCUAGUGAUGCUGGCUUUAUAUCGUGUGAGGAGUAUGGCUCUAGUCCUGCAGAUGCACGGGACCUCAGGCUACCGCUCACCCUCCGUAGCAACACUCCGGAGUCUAUCAAAGCUGACACCCCCCCCUCCCGGGACAGCAGUGAGCUUGAUGGCUAUAUGGUGAUGGAACGACAGAAACAGAAUGGUUACCGUCGGUUACCGGAACUGGACAAGGCUUAUCGAAAGCGCACAUACUCCCUCACCACCCCUCGCCAGCAGAGGGGUCCCCCGCAAGUAUCUUCAGCAUCCCUAGAUGAGUAUACUCUCAUGAGGGCCACAUACACCAGCGGAAGCCAGUCUUCUCGCAGGAGCCACACUGCCUCCCCUAAAGGGACCUAUCCUGAGGAUUACAGGGAUGUCCAGAUUGGAUCUAACGGUCUCCAAGCUGACAGUGGCUAUAUGCCCAUGAUGCCAGGUGUGACACCUCAGACACCGGGGUCUAAGGAUGACCCCUACAUGCCCAUGAGCCCCAUGUGUGUCUCUGCUCCGAAGCAGAUCAUCAAUCCACGUUCACACUCCUCUUCAGCAGGGCUGGCCCCACGCACAGACUCCCCUGGGAGUGUUUCUCUGGAGGACAGUGGCUAUAUGCGCAUGUGGUGUGGAACCAAGAUGUCAGUGGAGAGCACUGAUGGAAAGCUCUCUAACGGAGAGUACCUGAAUAUGUCUCCAGUUGACCCUCUGGUGUCUCUCACACCCCCAGACUACAUCCUUAGUCCCACAGGAGGAGAUCCCCACCCCCAACAACAUCACAGACAGCCUUAUUCGUACAGCUCCCUACCACGCUCACUUAAAGGUCCAUUGCAGCGCAACGGGUCCACAGACACAGACCAGUAUGUGGUGAUGAGUUUACAGAGACAGCGGAUAGAAGAGGAGUCCAACUAUUGUCCUGUCUCUCCAGGAGACUCAGUAGCCAGCAGCUCUCCAGGAACACCAGGCACCCCAUCCUCUGCUCCAUCUCCUCUCAGACUGGCACGGAUUGAUGGGGGUCUGGUACACCGGAGUAGGGUGUGUCGGCCCACCCGCCUGGCUCUGGAAUCCCUCAAAACAUUACCAUGUAUGAGCGAGCACCCCCUUCCCUCAGAGCCGCGCAGCCCCGGAGAGUACAUCAACAUAGACUUUAGCAGCGCUACUUGCGACCCACUGGCAUCCACAGUGUCAGAGAGCUCCGAGUCCUCUGAGAGUUUAAUGUGUGGAAAGAGGGGAUCCCCACCACUCUAUGCUAAUGUUGACGUCAGCUCCCCAGGUCACCUUGGUUCACAACAAGCUAGUGGUUCCUCCCCUGCAGGGUGCCUAAACCACACGCCUGAAGUCUUGACUUCUCCUCUGGUGAAUGCCCAGCAAAGCAUGCAGGGAGAUGAGGAGGAAGAAGAGGAGAAAAGCACAGAGGGACAGACAGAGGAGAGGGGGAUGGUAGAGGAAUAUCCUCUCCAACAGCAGGUGAGCCUGGUGUGUCAGCCUGCUUCAGUCAAGGAUGACUACACUGAGAUGACUUUCAGCCCUCAUGCCCCUCUCCCUGCUCUCUGCACCACUGAUGCUGCUUCCCUCCCCACCAGUCCUACUGCCUGUGUCCAGAGACUCAGCCUUGAGAGCAGCAUUGUGGAUGGGGUGCCCCAUGUGCCAGAGGACUCUUUUCUCAUGGGGGGUCCUUCAUUAUCUGUCACCCCCGUGGAUCCACACAGGGGGGCCAAAGUGAUCAGGGCGGACCCUCAAGGGCGCCGGCGGCACAGUUCUGAGACUUUUUCCUCCACCACCACUGUCACACCUGUGUGUCCAUCAUUUGCCCACGACACCAAACGGCACAGCUCUGCCUCUGUGGAGAAUGUAUCCCGCUCUGUUCGCAGCUCUGAGGGACCUGACGAGGACUAUGGCAGCAACAGCCCCAUGUGCAGGGAGACCUCAGCUGGUUAUCAAAAUGGACUGAAUUACAUUGCCUUAAACUUGAUGGAGGGAAACUUUGGAGGAUGCAGGUUAGGGGGCUGUGAUGGACUCCUGAGGUUCAAGACAGCCUGUGGCUGCAAGGGUGGCAUGAAUGGUUUCAACAGUAGCCCUUACGCCAGCCUGGGAUUCAAGGAAACUGCUGCUGCUGUGAAAGAAUGAAGGCUGAUGGGUCCUCCCGCCCGUCAUCCUCCCCGUCUCCCUCCUUUUCCUGUGAACGUAGGAUUUCGCUGCAGCCAAGUGACGAGGUCGCCACAGCGACAGUUGGACCAUGCGCUGCAGCCGAUGUCCUUUGACCUCUUUGCUGCCUUCAAGGGUCAUGGGGGACGACCAUCGCCAUGGAAACACGGACACUUGACCAUUGCCCCAAAUCUUCCCUCCGCUUUUCUUGGCACCAAAACAUUCAGGCGCCAUCGCUGCUGUAGUACUAGAAAAAAUAAAAAUAACAAGAACUUAAACGGACUUCUAACUCUAACUAUAGAUAGGUAACUAUUUAUCUAUUUAUCUCUGUACGUAGGCCUGCAAAAUUAUUCUGCAGUAUAUUGUUAUGUUAAUUAUUGUUGUUAUUAUAACCAUUCAUACACUUUCAACUGGCUUUCUUUUGGCUUCAGUCAAGAGCUGCCAGAAACCCUCACCCGAAAACCUGUGAACCAAACCUGGAGAGUACAUGUGCCCACACAUACACGCAAAAAAAAAAAAAACUUACAUGCAUACAUUACAUGUAUUUAUUUAUUUAUCAUGUCUGUAUGCAGUAAAUUGAAAAUGUGUGUGUACAUUUUUAUACAGAUUGUACUGCAAGAAGAGGUGGCAUUAAUGAACAGAUUUAAAAAUCAAAGUUAACAUUUGCUUAAAAAAAAAAAAAAAAAACCUACCUCAGCAAAAACCAGGUUGGUACCAAUUCACACAGUAGAAAUAUAUAUAAAAUAUUUAUUUUCAGAGGUGAAUGUUUUUUAGGAAUUGCCAAUCCAAAGCCUUACUCUAACCAUCAGCCCCCACCUGAUGGAUCUUUUUAGUUUGGACCUAUAAACACGCAGUAUAUCAAAGAUUCAACCGAUCAUCCUAGAGACUGAAUGUGCAUCAGAGCUGAAUGAGAGACAGCCUCUCUGAGAUUAAGUUCCUUCUCUUCACACUUACAUUUAUGACAAGAUUAUGUAUUAAAAAUCCAGAGUAAUAUAUUUAUUAAUACGUCUGAGAUGGAGGAUUCAUACACACUAAAAGAAUACUUAGAGGACCUUAGAGGAAUACUUGACAUUGCAUUGCAUCACACAUGCAUUGCAGGUGUCACGCAUCCAAACAAUGCAGCAUGAACAAGGUCCAAGGACCUGACCACCUGAUCUGUGGCCUGUCUGAGCCCAAGUCUCAGCACCUUUAUACACUUUACCAACUCACCCACUGUUCACCUGUUAUAUCCUGCACACCCACACAGCCUGCAGGAAGUUAUGACCUGUGAGGAUGAGAGAUGGGAACAUGAAUGUUUGAAGUUAUUUAUACAGAUUAGCUGGACAGCCCAGUAUCUUACAAUUUCUCACCUGAUGCCUCAUUGUGGAGGUCUGUCACACCACACCAGGCAGCACUGAGCAAUGUGGUGAAUGCAGGACGCAGUCUGACUGGCUGUUCAAUGAGCCGCUCGAUAGCUUGAAUUCAUGACCUCCACUGCAUGGUCUUGCACUUACAAACUUUCUAGAUUGUAACACAAGACACGUUGAAUGUAGUACAUGCUGUGUUCCGAGCUUGGGAACACACAACCCAACAAACACCACAACAACUGCAACAACAAUAAUGAAACAUGCAGAGGUACCGAAUGGAGACUAUAAUACAGACACAAGCCGAAUAAAAGAGACAAACCAGGGGAAGUAUCUUAUUAUUUAUCUGAAUUCACUGGUACUUAACCUUUGCCUAUAUACUGUAAAUAGUGCGAUGUUACAGAGCAUUACAUCUAAACAAACGCUGCGAAACUUUGAGAGAUGUUAAGUUAAGUAACUUAUGUUGUUUGUACUGUACAUAGUAUGUGUUUGAGUGAACUUUCUGAUACAACAAAAGCACUAAUUAAGUUAUAUGCUAACCAGUAUGGUUUGGCUUUGAUUUUUUUUUUUAAACUGUCAUGGGAUAGUCAUGUGAAAUGGAUGCCACUAUGAGGACAUUUUCUAAUGCUGUAAUUCUCAAAAAGAUUUUAAGAGAAAUCAUUAUUACUUGACAUAGUUAAUUCUUGUUACUAAGGUCCAACACAAAUGGCAUAUAUGCAAUAUUUACACUUUUGAAAAUUAGUUUACAAAGAUGUACCAAAUGUAUAAAUACUGUUAAUAGUGUUUGUUAAACCUUAAAUCAGAUUUUUGCUGUUUGUACGCUUUUUCUUCAAAUUUGAAAUGGAAACAUUUUUCUGUUUGUUUUGAGCAGUGUUUUGCAUUUGGAUAAUGUUUCAAGUUUUUAUGCAGCAUCUAAAGGUUACGAUACGGGCCUGGGCUUAUCUUGCUGUGUCUUUCAUUGUAAAUAUUUCAUAUCUUGCAUAUUGUGAUGCUACUAAGAGAUGAUAAUUUAAACUUAGUUCAUUGCUUUAGAUUGUAUUGAUUCUUUAUAGACACAUGCAAUAAAUAAUGAUGUUAUUUAAGAGA